ACUCAAAGAACGAGGAGGGAGUUAUUUGGAAAAAAACUUCCUACCUUUUGUGUUCACAACUCGCCAGAAAGUCGUGAAAGUCCCAGCUGCUCGGUCGCACAUAUCCUGCUGUUGCUUCGGCCAACACAGGAAAGUUCUCUCUCGUUUUUCGUGUGCAUAGUGUUUUUACUUCGUAUAUAAAUAUCUAUUUCUCUCUCACACGUUUGGGUGUUGAUUUUUUGGUGGCCGUGAUUUGUCAAAUCUCUAUACUUGAAUUAGUAAAAGAGAAAGACAAUAAAUAAUUCUGGGGAUGAUUUCGAAACGAGUGUGAGUUUGAGUGAAUCACGUUGUGCACGACGCGAAGUGGUUUUACACGGUGUGCAAGUUUGGAGAGAGUUUGGCCGAGACAUCUUCUGCUGGUGGAACAAGACGUGACCCGUUGACCUCUUUCCUCCACAUCAUUCAUCUGAAUUCAUUUGGCUGCAAGUGAACAACAACCCCCCCGCCGAGUAAUUCGGCGUUCAACUCCACGGACAGACAAUGUGACGCAUUCCCCGGCUGUGAGUGACGCCAAAUCAGACCCGACCCUUUUAUUUUUGGAUCCCGCAUGCGCAAACAAAGAGACGGACAAGUUGCCAUGUACGACAUGAAAGUCAAAACGCCGCCGAUGGCCAGCAAGAGGCGAUCGUGGACGGGCCGGCUCAAGGAUCGAUUCAAAUCGUCGGCCGGCCAAUACGGAACGGUCGUCGUCUCCUCCAACAGCGGCGGCGUCGAGUCUCACAUGGCCGGACCGGGUGAGGACUGGACGAGCGCCUGGGUCACGCAUCCGCACCUGCAGGAAGGACACCACGCCCCUUCGGUUCCGUCGCUCCAGGGCAGCGUUUUCGUGGCCGCCAACUUCGUUUACGAUUACCGCAAGAAAUACGGGCUUGAUCCGGCCAACGGAUGGAUGGCCACUCCGGCGGUGGGCUCGAUCGCCAUCCGGCGAACCACCGACUGGACAACCACCCGCGGAUUGUAUCCAGUGAGGACUUCGCCCGUUUUUCGUGCGGCCGAUCCGUCGAUGGAGGUCGGACCGAUGAGCGAAAGAAAGGCGACAGUCCAGACCAAAAUGGCAGAGGAUCAUUACGGCACUUACGAGUUCCGGGCGGCGGAUGUCAACCAAAACAUCCGCCAGAUGAGGGAGAAUAAACAACAGCAGCAGCAGCAGCACAGAGUGUCGGUCAGUCACGCGGCCCCGCCUUUACCGACGUCCGUUCCUCCGCCACUCUACCUGUCGGAUGACGACGCCGACGACGGUGAAAGCGACGCCAGCGACGAAUCUCCUCCACAGACGACGGUGGCCGUCGAUCGACCGGGUCUGAUCGUCAGCGGCCAGCGGAUUUGCAUUCUGACGGGCCAAGAUUCGCCGGCGGCCAUCAAGGCCGAGAAAGUCAGUCUCAAGGUGGAAUUCCAGCGGAGCUGUCCACUCCGGCGGAGUUUGAGCGAUCGGGCACGACCCAAGAUGGCGGCGCCGGCCAGUUUUCACGACACGACCCGCCUGACACAAAAGACCCGAUCACGCGGAUCGCUCCACGAUCUUUUCGGCCUGUCUCCGCCGGAACCGCUAACGAUUCCGGUGACGACGACGUCAGCCGCUUCUCCGCCGACACCACCGGCGCCACAGUCGCCCAACAACCGGCGCAAAACGAUCGUCCGGCCGACUGAGCCACCACCUCCGCCGCCUCCGCCCACUCCGGUUUACGCCGGAGUGUCCAUCAAGGUUGGGAGGGGACCGGAAAGCCCCACCAACGACACUCCGCCGCCACCACCACCUGUGGCUCCUCCGCGCCGCAUUUACCGGCACUCGAAAACCGACAACGACAGUCUACCCCGAGACUCGUCGGCCAAUAAGUCGGCCAGCGAGUCGGCCGCAUCAGUUCCUGUCACACCUCUUCCGACAUUAGAUCUCUCUCCUGGUAUCACUUCGUGGGCUGGACGGCCUCUCAUCGGACAGAUGGUGAGCUGGACAGCCUGGUCUGGCCACCAGCAUCACCAGCAAGAGUCCGAAGCCUUCGACGCUGUCAAAGAAGAUAAACAAUCGCUUCCAGCAGCCGGAAGAAAUCGAACGUUGGAGCCUCCUCCUCCUCCUUUGGUGGUAACGCGUCCAGAACCUCCUCCUCCUCCGGCGUCUGGUGAAAACGAACCCAAACGUCGGCCCGUCUCUCGUCUGUGGCCGUCUUUCUCGUCCAUCGGGCGUGAUCGAUCGGCCAGUCGGGUGCAAGCCGACCCGUCCUUGUUGUUGCCUCCGCCCGCCGAGGAGGAGCACAUUUACGAGGAGAUUGACGACAUGAAGGAGCGCGGCAGGGGACUGAGCCGGGCCGGCCGCGGCGGCUCCUUCGCCGGCGCCAGCCGCCAGGACAUUUUGCGCUACCUCGAGGAAUUGCGCAAGAAACACCCGACGGGCAUCAUUUCGGUGGAGGCCGAGCAGAGAGAGCGGAAGCGACCCAACAGUCCCAGUCCGGCCAGUCCCAUGACGCCCAGUUUACCGCAGCUGAUUCCGGCCGACGAGGAGGAAGACGACGAGAUGGGCGCCCUCCUUUUGGCCAUGCGCCACAACGGACCCAAUCGCAACAGCAACCGGAGCACGCAGUCCAGCACCAGCACGCAAUCCAGCAGCCAGGAGAGCGCCCUAUCGGCUCCGGGAAUCACGCCAACGUCCUCGACCGGCGGUUACCAGAAUGGCGGCAGCGGAGGAGGUGAGAUCGAGCGGAACGAUUCGGGCGUUGGCUCCGAGACUUCGGGAACGGCCCAGAGGUUAAGGCGGAUGCGCCGUUUGAAUAAAUCGUCUGCUCAUCACCAGCCGACCCAUACGACGACGGAAGGAUCGUCGACCACCACUUUGCCCAGCAGCGGCCAAGACGGUCCGGCCGCUAUCCCGUGGUGUGUCGACUGUGACCAGCCGCUGGAGCCGGAUCAAGAAGAGCACGACAGUUUGGUGUGUCACCGAUGCGCUCGGCGUCGCUGCGAGCGUCGCGAAGUGCUGGCCGAGCUGUUGGAGACGGAAGUUCGCUACGGUCGUGACUUGCGCGUCCUUCAAGACGAAUUAUACAAGCCCUUACUAGUCGCCGGCCUUGUUCCUCUACGCCAAUUAGAUGCCGUGUUCCUGAACGUGACGGAAUUGAGCGGGCAGAGCCAGCGGUUUGGCCAGCGACUGCGCGAAGCCGUCGAGAUCGCCCUGGAACAAGGCGACGAGGACCUCCUGACGGUCGACGUUGCCCGUCUCUUCUUGGACAAAGAAACCGAGGAGAUGAUGGACGCCUUUCGUCGUUACUGCGUCCGCUCCGGUGAGGCCUCGCUGUUGCUAUCCACGCUGGAAAAGGAACGCGAAUUGUUGCGCAUCUUCUUGCGAGCGUCUCAGCUGGAGAAUCCGGCCCUCCGGCGGAUGGAUCUACACGCUUUCCUCAUGGUUCCCGUUCAAAGGAUCACCAAAUAUCCGCUACUUUUGGGGAGAUUGCUCCGCGCCACUGCCCAGCAGGACGUGGAGAUGCGCGAAGCUUUGCGCGAGGCCCAGGCCAAAGUGGAAUCCUACCUGACGGCCAUCAACGCGGAGGCCAAAGAACUUGGAACUGUUUCCCGACCGUGGCGGCGCGGUUACUCGGUGCCCAAUCUCAACGCCAACAACGCUUCAGCCAACUCGAGCAGCAUGCAGCGGCCAUCCGGCGAAGAGUUGAUGAACCUUCGGUUACGCAAGUUGGCGAUGGAUUGCCUCGGUUGGUCGGACAACGCCGCUGCCCAACUGGUAAUGGAGGGCUACGUGAAACUGACGCAGCCGGGUGAACUGCUUUUGACCACCACCCGCAGCCGAGGCCGCACUCUCAAAUGGCAGAACGUCUGGAUGGGCCUCGUCACUCUCAACCACCAAGACAGCAACAAGACCAACGUCUACGAGCUGGGCGGAGAAACCGUGGCCGACAGCGCCCAAGUGACGUUUGGCGUGAAACCAACCGUCCAAGAAGCCGCAGUCGUCCUCAUCAAAGACGUCAAGAAUGCCAGACCUGGACCUUCUAUUUAUAGGGAUCCUCUGAUGCUCUCCUACUGCACAAUCAGCAGCGAGGCGGACGAACUGCCCAACUUCUUCGAGAUCCAUCACAUCGUCACCAAAGAGUCGUUCAUUUGCCAGACGAUUGAAGCCGGCCAGACCCAGCAGUGGCUGCACAGGUUACGGACCCUCAGCCUGGGUCUCGGCCGGUGGAAGCAGCGCCGGAACGCCUUACCUCACGUCAUGAUGAUCAACUGACGAGAUUCAUUCUAGAUCAUUUUACAAUUUACAAUUAUUGAUUCCCCCCCCCCCAUUGUAAUAAUAACUGUUGUUGCUAAGUGGAGCUUAUAUAUUAUAUAUAAAACAAUCAGUUGACCUACCUUACAAUUGUACCAUAUUUGACCAAAAAACAAAUAUAUAUUAUUAAGCACCGUG